UGGGCAACUAACAAACAAACAAUAAUAAAGGCAAUCGUCAAUCACACUUGCAUCAUAUGUUAUUUAAUACCACAUAAAAUCGUUAAUUCACAACUUGGCCAUCACUGUUUUAAAAACAACAAGCGAGAAUCAUUUAUCAAUAUCAAGACAUAAUUUUGACGGAUAUUGACUUUCUUCUGAAAACACCUACCCCCCUACCAAGCUUUGUUUUGUUUACGCCGACAUCUUCCGCCAUGAAUCAUGAGCCAAAAUUGCGGUCCGUCUCCUGGGAUGACGAGUCCUUGACCAUCUGCUCCUCUAACGCCGAGUCUGUUGAUUCGAAUCAAGACUAUGACGACAGUCUUUCAGAUGUUUAUUUCUCUUACGAUGAAACUGGCGUGGAGAACAUGACUCCUUUCGAAUUUGGAUGCUACAGUCGCCGCAUGUGGUACAUUGACAAAGUUAAUAUUCUUCUUCGCGAUAUAUGUUUUAGCGAAGCCAUUGUCGAUCGACUGCCCGAAACGAAGAUCAAUUCCAUGGACCAAAGUUUCGAGUCCUUGUAUAAGCCAUUUCACCGGGACCGUCAAGCUAUCAAAUGGCUGCCGGGCCAACCGAACAAGGCGCUUCGCUGGCGCGUCAUGGGCCAGAUUUGGAGGCUUCUGCGAGAGCAUAUUUUUGACCAACUUACUAUUACGGACAAGGAUCCCGAGUUCGACCCAGUUCUUACCGUCAUGAGAAACAUUGUGGCUGAAAAGAUUAAACAAUUUGUUGAGCCGUUCAAGGCUUCGGACACGGCAGCCAAAAAGGAUUUGGAUUCCAAAAUAGACGACGUAGUACGUGUGGCCAAAUUGCUUUUUCGUUUGCUACACUACGAUAGUGCUUAUUACUCCUUUUACGAUAUCAAGGACCAAAGCCAUGGAGAGUCACUAUUGCUGUACUCUCGACUUAUAAACGCCGCCCAAAAAGUUGAUAUAUGCGGCGCUACCCAUCGAGAUGCAUCUAGUGAUCUCGUUUGUAUAACUGCAUCCGCAGGCUUGAUGCGGCAUGUGGAGAAUGAUACGUUUCUUGAGAAGAAGGCUUGGGUUGUAUUAUAUCGGGGCGAGAACCGAGAUUCUACAAGCUCUGGAAGCUUAACUCAAUAUCUGCAGGCCCAAGCUUCCCCUUGAAUGACUUGUUGUUGGAAAGUUUCUAGUAGACUGGAAUAGUCACGGCGCGCUAAGGAGGACUGAUGGGAAACGGGUGUUUAUGGGGAUAGGUGUAAGUCGAAGAGAAGUCUGUACUGGGCGCAUGGCAUGCUGUGGAAGAUGGCCCGGUUUUAUUGUAUUUCUAUUAUCGUGUAAUUGGAUAACAAAAGAAGCGAGUUGAACAAUGGGAUAAUCAAGGUUAUGUAGUUGUGUUUGGUGCCGAACAAUGGAUCCAAAACCGCUGCCCCUCGGCUAUACUUAUUAUACUACCUUGCUCG